GCUCCUGAGCACCCCCUGCCCCAGCCUGUCCCCUGCAUCCCGGGCAAAGUGGGGGGCUCCGACAACCCUGAAGCAGGAGGAGGAGGCGGCGGAGGCAGCCUGUUGGGAGAGCGACCCUGGAAAGCAGCAGUGGCAGCCGGCAUGUUGCAGAAUGUGAAUCCCCAGAACAAGAUUCUGGGGGAGGGCAAUACUGGGCUCAUGGGCCUGGCAACGGAGUCGACCCCCGGCAAGCGGAUCCGCAAGCCGUCGCUGCUCUACGAGGGCUUCGAGAGCCCCACCAUGGCAUCAGUGCCUGCCUUGCAGGCCCCCCAGGUGAACCCUCCCCCUCCGGAGGUGUCGAACCCCAAGAAGCCAGGCAGGGUAACCAACCAGCUUCAGUACCUGCACAAGGUAGUGAUGAAGGCCCUGUGGAAGCACCAGUUCGCCUGGCCCUUCCGCCAGCCUGUCGAUGCCGUCAAGCUGGGCCUGCCGGAUUAUCACAAGAUCAUCAAGCAGCCCAUGGACAUGGGUACGAUCAAGCGGCGCCUGGAGAACACCUACUACUGGGGGGCAGCGGAGUGCAUGCAGGACUUCAACACCAUGUUCACCAACUGCUACAUCUAUAACAAGCCCACAGAUGACAUUGUGCUGAUGGCCCAGACCCUGGAGAAGAUUUUCCUGCAGAAGGUGGCGCAGAUGCCUCCUGAGGAGCUGGAGAUAGUGGUCCCUGUGGCCAAGAACAGCCACAAGAAAGGGGCGUCCCGGGCAGCAGCUCUCUUGGCGGCUGCAGUCACUGCUGCUCAGCAGGUGCCAGCUGUCUCUUCCGUCUCCCACACAUCUGUCUACACCCCGAGCCCUGAGAUCCCCACCACUGUCGUCAACAUUCCCCAUCCAUCAGUGAUCUCCGCACCACUCCUCAAGUCGCUGCACUCCACCACCUCCCAGCCAGUGCUAACCGUGCCUGCUCCCACCCAGCCUGUGGCCAAGAAGAAAGGUGUGAAGCGGAAAGCAGACACCACAACCCCAACCACCACUGCCAUCAUUGCCACUAGUGGGGAGUCCUCCCCCUCGGCCGCUGUGCUGGAAGCCAAGGCAGCCAAGAUCCCUGCCCGGCGCGAGAGCGGGCGCCCCAUCAAGCCCCCCAAAAAGGACUUGCCUGACUCACAGCAGCAUCAGACGUCCAAGAAGGGCAAACUGACAGAGCAACUCAAAUACUGCAAUGGCAUCCUCAAGGAGCUUCUGUCCAAGAAGCACGCUGCCUACGCCUGGCCCUUCUACAAGCCUGUUGAUGCCUCAGCCCUUGGGCUACAUGACUACCAUGAGAUCAUCAAGCACCCCAUGGACCUCAGCACCAUCAAGCGGAAGAUGGAGAACCGGGAUUACCACGACGCACAGGAGUUUGCUUGUGACGUCCGGUUAAUGUUCUCCAACUGCUACAAGUACAACCCCCCUGAUCACGAUGUGGUGGCCAUGCCUCGCAAGCUGCAGGACGUCUUCGAGUUCAGCUAUGCCAAGAUGCCUGACGAGCCACAGGACACCAGUCCCCCAUCGGUGUCAGCUCCCCUGUCUGGCACCCUGUCCAAGUCUUCCUCAGAUGAGUCCUCCAGUGAUGACGACGAUGAUGAUGACGACGAUGAUGAUGAGGAGGAGGAGGAUGAUGACGAAAGCAGCAGCGAGAGCUCAUCUGGGAGUGAAGAAAGCUCUGAUUCGGAGGAGGAGCGGGCGAACCGGCUGGCCGAGCUACAGGAGCAGCUGCGGGCUGUGCAUGAGCAGCUAGCUGCCCUGUCGCAGGGCCCUGUCUCCAAGCCCAAGAAGAAACGGGAGAAGAAGAAGAAAAAGAAGUCGGAGAAGCACAAGGGCCGGGCAGGUGAUGACGAGGCACGGGCCCGCCAGGCCCAGCUCAAGAAGGCCAAGAAGGCAGGGGGCGGUGGAGGGGCCAGUGGCGCCAGCAGCAGUGGCAGUUCCAAGAACUCUAAGAAGGCGUCGAAGGCAGGGCUGCCAGCACCCCUGUCACUGUAUGACUCGGAGGAGGAGGAGGAGAGCAAACCCAUGACUUACGACGAGAAGCGCCAGCUCAGCCUGGAUAUCAACAAGCUGCCGGGCGAGAAGCUGGGGCGUGUGGUACACAUCAUCCAGUCACGGGAGCCCUCAUUGCGUGACUCCAACCCUGAGGAGAUUGAGAUAGACUUUGAGACUCUCAAGCCCUCGACGCUGCGUGAGCUGGAGCGCUAUGUGCUGUCCUGCCUGCGCAAGAAGCCGCGCAAGCCCUACAGCGAGACCAUGAAGAAGCCGGUGGGGAAGACGAAGGAGGAGCUGGCGCUGGAGAAGAAACGAGAGUUGGAGAAGCGGCUGCAGGACGUGAGCGGCCAACUCAACUCUGCCAAGAAGCCGCCUAAAAAGGCCAACGAGAAGCCAGAGUCUGCCCAGCAGGUGGCGGUGUCACGGCUCAGCGCCAGCAGCUCCAGCUCAGAUUCCAGCAGCAGCAGCUCCAGCUCCUCGUCUUCAGACACCAGUGACUCGGACUCCGGCUAGGCUGGCCGGCGUGGCAGUGGCUGUGAGCGCAGUGGCAGUAUCACAGCUGGGUGGAGCACAGGCAGGUUCGGAAGAGGCUCUGCGGGACCGGACCCUGUGAACCGUACUGAGGGCCUCCACCUGGCAGGCGGCACCCCCGGGGCUGGGGAAGGCCUGCUGAGGACCCCCCACCCCACCCCACACGGACUUGGGGGCUGCCCCGAUGUUUACAGUUCAGAGGCUUCUGGGGGUUUACCAGCACAGGGUCUGCGCUCCCGCUCUGCCCCCCCUCCGGCAUGGCUUGCCUUUCCCCCGUUGGGGGAGCAGGCCCCGGGGCGCAGCUCCUACCCCGGCAGGUUUUAUCGUUUGUUGUUUUAGGUUUAUUUCCUGACUUGUGGGAAAGCUCUUUCCCAGGUGAAAAGGUUUGUUUUUUUUGUUUUUUUUUCUUUUUUUUUAAAUGAGAAAAAAUGGUUUGAAAGUCUCAAAAGUUUGGAUUUGCUCUUGUGCGGGCAGCUGGACCGACAGACGGACGCCAUGCAGGUGCCUCGCCCUCUCUGGACCCCCUUGGACAUGGACUCGAGCCCACCCGCUAUCACCAUCACGGGCAUCUUACCCUCCCCCUCUUUUCCCCCCCCCAAGCGCUGGGGGCAGGGGAGCUGGCAGCGUCCUCAUUCCCUCGUUUUGUGGAGGUUUUAAUUUAUUUUAACUGCGUUUGUGCUGGCGCGGGGCCUUGCAGAGACGGGCCCCCUCCCGCCCGGCUUCUCGGACUGUGUGUUGUACAUAGCCCCCGAAUGCACAAUCAAGGCAGCAUGUUCCUUACCGCGGGGGGGAGGGGAUGGGGAAGGGGAAGGGGGCGUCUGUUUUUUAUGUUGACUAUAAUUUUUUUUUCUACUUUUUUUUUUUUUUUCCCCCCCCCCGUUCCUUCCCCGCUCCCACCCUGUACUAGACCUUUAGGGCCGUGUUUUCAUCUGACUGUAUCUGUUUCCAACCUUUCGAUUCUUUAACAUGUAAAUAAAGAAAAUAUUAUUCGAGUUGA